AUGAGAAUAUGUCUUGUUCUCCUUUCUGGGCUGCCAGGGGCUGGAAAAACGACAUUGAGCCUGGCGAUACAGCGGCUCUCGGAGCAGGUGACGACUGAGGGGGAACGUUCGAAUUCUCGUCACGGUGGGGUGGUUGAGGCGGUCUUGGAGUUGGACACAUUUAUUUCCUCCUAUGAGGAGAGGGAUGGGACACAAAGAAAUGGGUCUAAUUUUAGCCCCGAAGCAUGGAGAAGGGCGUGCGAUGAGGUGCGUGAGGCGACAUUCCAACGGAUACGCCAAUGCCUGCUAAACCCGGAGAAGAAAAGGGGAAGGAAUAUGUCGUCCACAACGACACGAUUUGUUUUUUUGGUAGACACAUUACCGUACCGAAGUAUGAGGGCUUCCUAUUGGAAACUUUGCAGGGACUUGGGCAAGGAGCAGUUUCAACACAAAUUGGAAAGGGAUGGAGUAAUGAACAAAUGCGACGGCCGCGUCCCUUUCGAUGCUGUUUUUGUAAAUAUGGUGGAGAUUCGACUUAAUACACCGAUUGAGAUUUGUCUCGAGCGCAAUGAACGCCGUACUGAAACUCCACAAUAUGUUCCCCCUCAUGUCAUAAAAAAUAUGGGUGGUUCUUUUGACGUUGGGGUUGACACUUCUGCCAAGUUUAGUGCGGACGAUAAUUGUUGGGUGGUGUCGCCUCGUCAGGCCAGCACUCCAUGGCCGGUGAUAUGGCUUGAGGAAGUGAAGACAAACUGCUGCUUGCCUCCGGCGGCGUUGGCCCAGAAGCUUUUAGAACGACUUCAUUCACCGGAGGUGAUGGGAGAAUUGGAGAAACAAAGCGCAAGUUUCUUUGAAGCUGAGGUGAAGCGGCGAGAAAGGGAGAGAUGCGAUCAUGACCAGCCGCAAGAGGGAGAUGCAGCGAAGGCUUCCCGCAGUGAUUGGCUUCACCAGGUAGAUCUGCGUUUGCGUGCGGUUGUGCAGCAAUAUAUGAAGGAAUUUAAAAAGUCCGGUAAGUUGCUACCAGGCACUGGCGCACUCGUAAGCAAGUGCAGAGAAGAGCAAUAUGCCCAGGUGAAGGCGAUGCUUGCGUGUCGACAAGACGAUGAGGCUUUUGACGCGCGUAAAGAGACGCUCCUGCACGACCUCCUUCUUGAAUUUGAAAGGAAACUUCUUGCGUUGUGA